UGAACGUUAUCAAGAGGUCCAACGAGGGUUGAUACCGGAGUUUCGGAAGGAUGUCGUCGGAGCAAGAAAGGCGCGAGCUUGACGAGAAGGCGAGGCGCGGGGAGACCGUCGUACCAGGCGGAACCGGCGGGAAGAGCCUGGAUGCACAGGAACGCCUCGCUGAAGGACGGAGCCGUGGAGGGCAGACGAGGAGGGAGCAAAUGGGGACGGAAGGGUAUCAUGAGAUGGGGCGCAAAGGCGGGCUGGGUACCACGGAGGAGUCGGGAGGGGAGCGUGCGCAGAGGGAAGGCAUCGAAAUCGACGAGUCCAAGUUCAGGAAGCGCGAUGACUAAUAUCUUCCGGUGAUGGAAGCUUACCAUAAAUGUGUUAGAUACAGGUAGGAAAUAGUGUAUGCGUAGUGUGCUGUAGGAUGCUGUCGGUGUCCAUGGUGUCGAGUCUUGUGCUUGUGUUGGUACCCAUGGAGGUAUGGUUUUGGGCGGCGAAGGGGAGGCAGUCUGUGGAUACGCGACUUUGUGUUGUAGAUCUUGCUAUCAAGUUUUAAAGCACUAGCAUGUCCGUCUCA